UGCACGGCAGUACAGUCAGCCGAGCUCUCUGUUAUCACCUGUAAAAUAAUGAUCUGAGAAACGAGACAUUCAAAAGCCAUAUUAGAAAACGGAAGCCAUUCUAGUAAUAUCGGACUCAUCUGUAUUGUUAUACUUGAAGUAAAAUGCCUUCUCCAAAAGCGCGGAGCAGCUCUGGGCGCAGCGGCAGUGUUCCGUGUACCGGUGGUGGAAACGGGCGCUAUGAGUUCAGUUCACUGAGCCGAACAACCCCCCCGAACCUGCUACAGAAACAGGGCUCUGAUCCCACAUCAGCGCGGCUCCGAGCCUCCGAGAGCCCCAACCGACGCCGCGGCUCGGGUUCGUCCACCUCUUCCACCGGCGGGCAGCAGUUACCGGAGGAAGACUGCAUGAAAUUAAAUCCGUCUUUCAUCGGGAUAGCGCUCAGCUCUCUUCUGGCGAUCGACCUGUGGCUGUCGAAGCGGCUUGGUGUAUGCGCCUGUGAGGACUCGUCCUGGGGCAGCGUGCGACCGCUUAUGAAGCUCAUCGAGAUCUCCGGGCACGGGAUUCUGUGGUUGGCCGGUGCAGCGUACUGCCUGUAUAAAAGCGACAGUGCCGCCGGUCAGGAGGUCAUGCUGAACCUGAUCAUGGCCUUGGUAUUGGACCUUGUGCUGGUUGGCGUGGUGAAGGCUGUUGUGCGGCGUCGACGUCCAACCCAUAAUCGCAUGGAUAUGUUUGCCACAUUUUCUGUGGACCGCUAUUCCUUUCCAUCAGGCCAUGCUACACGUUCCGCAAUGUGUGCCCGCUUCCUAUUGGCCCAUCUGGUACUGGCGGCCCCACUCCGUGUGCUCGUCCUGCUCUGGGCCACUGUUGUUGGUUUUUCUAGGGUUCUCCUUGGACGCCAUAAUGUGACAGAUGUUGCGUUUGGUUUCCUCAUGGGCUACUGGCAAUAUAAUUUGGUUGAGAUGCUCUGGCUGUCCCCAGUCAUGUUUCAAAGUGUGUUUGGACAGCUUGACUGAGAAGCUAUGAGAACUUAAAGAGGUCCUGAUUACUUGGAGCCCAUUAUAUGGAGGAUCUUGAAAAUAGAUUUCAGUCCUUCACUUAACGUUAUUUGCCUGUUUUCCUCUCUUUCUUUACAUAUUUUGUGUCAAUACUCUAAGACUGGAAAUAUUCCAGCAGUCUUGAUGAAGCAUCUGGCAUCUUUUCCUGCCCUUUUAAGGAUUGGCACUCAUCAAGAAAGGAUAGGGAAGUACAGUAUUUUUAGCUUUUGCAUAUUUCGAAGGGGUGGACUAUGGCUUUUGCUGACUCCUGACAUGUUUGUUAAACUGCAGGAAACUGUUGCACCAUUGUGAUAUUACACAUAUAAAUCCAACAAAAUAGUCAUUAACUCGACGAUUCCUCCCCUGUUUUUUAUUUAAUUUUAACACCAACCAGAGUUUUAUUUCUAAUUAAAAUGAAGCUCUGAAUAAGUGAAUAUUUAAUUAACAUGCAAAUCAAAAGCAAGGGGUGAAUUUCAGUGCAGCUCCAAUGCCUUGAGGGUGUGCAGUGUCCUCAAUUUUUGCAGUUCCCUUUGGUGGUGCAGAUAUGACAUACUUAAGGUUCAAUCUAUGAAGUAGAACUAGUUUUUUUUUUUUUUUUUUCUUUAUUGGUCGAAGCCACAACUGAUUAUAGAGCCAUAAAAUGCAUGAUGCUGCAAAACCUAUACCAUAUAUUGUACGGGAAGCUGUUAUAAUGACAGUGUAUAAGCAUUAUGCUGGUGUAAAAUGCAAGAUGAUGACCAUAACUUUGACCAAAGUUGCACUGAAUCAUUACCAUCUAAUCAUGGUUCUGUGGCAGUACCAUGAUUAGAUGGUAAUACCAUGGCAAUUUGAUAUAUACAGUUGCACUGAGUUAUUGUUAUAUGUACCAUGGCAAUACCACGGUAUUCUCUGAAGUAUGUUGGAGUGUCCAAAAACCAUGGUAUCACCCAGGGAUGUGAUUUUUCUGGAUUAAUCCUUAAUUCUUUUUUUUCCGACCUUAAAAUGUGACCGACUUGAAUUCUCAAUAAGCUGCACAUUCUUUGCAUUCUCUGUAAGCACUUUUCACUAGGGCUGGGUAUUGAUACAGAUUUCCCAUUUCGAUUCUGAUUCACAAGCUUUCGAUCUCGAUUCGAUUCAUAUGGGUACAUUUCUGUUAUAGUGUCCAUCAGUGUUACAUAUAAAAGAUAUUCUCAGCUUAUACUCUGAAUUAUAAAGGAACCCUCUAGGCAACCCUUUUAGGUACACUUGAAAAUAUAAAUUCUACAAAUUAUAUUUUAUCAUUAGUUUCUCAUCAAAUUGGUCACAUUUUAGCUUUUGAAAAAAUUUCUAAUUCAGUCUAUUCCAUCAGUUAAUGUCUUGAAAUUUCAUAUAUUAUGCUGCAUAUAUAUAUAUAUAUAUAUAUAUAUAUAUAUAUGUUACAUUUAUAUUGUUUACAUGCAUAAUUUGUACUAUUUAAAAGUAUUUGCAUUGAUAUGUAGAACUUAAUCAGUGCUGUCUCUUUUAAGACUUGCAGCAUCAGCCAGUAAGCGCUUACAACGAGAGAAGACGUGCAUAAUUUAUUAAGCGUAUCCUUGUGUGAUUAAUGAUUAAAUGUUAAUUUUGUUUUUGUUUUUAAUCAACAACUGACUGUAAAAAAAAAAAAAAAACAGAAAGGCUAUUAAAAGAGACAUUAUUCAGUGACAUAUGAAUCGGUGGAUCUUGUCUUUGGACACACAGAACCAUGCAGUGAAAGGACCUCUGUGAUAAUAACGUAUAAUCCUCUAUACUACACAAUCACUGGUAGGUGAAAUCUGAACAUUUACUAGCCAGUGGCUAAUCAUAGACAUUUUGGUCACAUAGCAUGAGAUUUGGUUGCGCAUUCAAGUGAUUUGCUUGCAUUAUAGAGGUUUGCCACAUAGAGUAAAAGAUUGAUCUUGGUAUUUAAGUAUCGAUAUUGAGAUGAUUCAAACGAAGAUCGUGAUGCAUCAGAAGAUCUAUGUUUUUACCCAGCCCUACUUUUGGAAAUGUCUCACUUUGCGUUUUUCUUAAUGUGUUUUGUUGCAUUCCACUGUUUUACUAGUUGUCUUUAAGUACAACUGCAUAGGAAUGGUAGCAUUAAUUGAAAAGAUGGAAAAAAGCUACUAGGAUUGGCAAAACUUUAGUGUACAGAGUCUGUUUUACCAUAUUACAUGUUUCUUAGUGCUGUAGUAAUAAUAAUUACAACAUAAGUGUGAUUAUGAGCAACUCUUUACAAUAAUUACACUAUAAGUACAUGACUGAGUACUUCUGUAAAUAAGUACACGCACACACACACAUAACCUUUUUGGAAUUGAAAGCAUGUAGUUUUCUAUCUAUCAUCCUCAAGAAGAGAUGGAUCAACUGAUGGAAUAAUUUAAGUAGUCCCUCUAUUUCUUUGCCAUUAUGUAACAUAUCAAACUCUGCCAUCAGCUUUAAGGUCUUCCUCUUUCAAAGUACUGUGGCAUCAAAGAUUUGUUGUUGACAAAUCCACCGCAAAAUCCAGGGUUUAAGUUUUCCUCAUUCUCUCAUAUGAAUGUUUCUCCCCUUACAGUAAUACGUUUCGAGUGAAGGGCAUUUUAACUGUUCAAGAGAACCAUUUGCACAUUUUUCCUUUGCAAUAACUGAGUGAUAUCUUGAAUGUGAUAUCAUUGGUCAUUUGUACAGUAAUACAAGUGACAGAUGGCAACCAAUAUAUAAUGUUAUUUUAAACUGCAAUGACAUUGUAAUGUUCUCGUGAUGUGUUUGUUUGCUAGGGACCAUGUUUAUUUUCAUCUGUUUGACAGAGUGGUAAUAUGGAAGGGUAUUUAAUGUGAAAUUCAGGUUUUUGGUGUAUACAUUCUUGAGUCGCUUUAAGUAGCUUCACCAGCUAUCACAGUAUACCAUCAUCUUGACAUUUGACCAUUGUAUGGUGUGUAGUAAAAAAGUGGCCAUGUAAAUUGUAAAGGUGAAAAUCACUACAAGGGAUUCACAAGCUUAAUGUGGUAACUAUGAGUGUUUAUUAUUUGUGAUGUUAAAUAUACUCUACA